CCCUGUUCCGUCUCACCAAUCCUGCAGAGAUGAAGUACUUGGUGUUUGUGCUCCUGGUGGCUGCCGCUUGCGCUUCUGAGGUGGAGAAGCGAGAGGCGGAGCCAAGUCGUGCUUUAAGCUAUGGCUACGGUGUUCACCACCACGCCUACCCCCGCACCUACUACCACCCUUACCACCGUUUCCACAAGAGGUCCGCUGAGCCUGAGGCUGAUGCCGAGCCUUCUUACUUAGGCUACUACCGUCCCUAUUCCUACAGCUACCACAAUACUCCCUAUGCCCACCACCACUACAAGAGGUCCGCCGAACCUGAGGCCGAAACAGAGCCCUCUUACGGUUCCUCCAACUACUACCGUCCCUAUUCUUACGGCUACCAGCCACUCCACUAUAUUCCCUCCGUCCACCACCACCACAAGAGGUCCGCUGAGCCUGAGGCCGAAGCAGAGCCCUCUUACGGCUCCUCCAACUACUACCGUUCCUAUUCGUACGGCUACCAGCCACACCACUAUAUUCCCUCCGUCCACCACCACCACAAGAGGUCUGCUGACCCCGUUGCUGAGGCUGAAGCUAGCUACGGCUACAGGUCCUACCACCCCGUGCAUUACCACUCCUACCAAUACACCCCUUACACUCAUAGCCACUACAAGAGAUCUGCUGAGCCAGAAGCUGAUCCUAGCUAUGGUCACCACCACCAGACCGUGUACCGUCCCUACCAUAGCGGAGCUCACUAUGGUUACGGUUACCGCACUCACCACCACUAAGGUACUGAGUGUUUAUAUUCCCUGAAGCUAUGUUUUAUUUUGAAAAAUGACUUAAAAGUAAUAAAGUUAAUUGG